AUGCCGAUCUCAAGUGGUUUUUCACAAGCUCUAAACCCAAAUUAUUAUAUACGUAAGCCUGGUAAAACGGAACUUUUAGACGAAGCAAUCUAUUACAAGCGUGAUAUACCUUUUGAACGGCCUGUUGAGGUUAUCCAUCGACCAGUUGUCAAAGAAACUGUUUUUAUGCCCGAUCGUAAGCCGCCUCCGUUAGCCAAUACACGAGAUAUGUAUACAGUCUAUCCUGAACCGGAAACAACAGUGUAUACAACAACAUCAUCGACCGCACCUCCUUCCACUUCAUUCAGUCUCGUUCGAGCUUUAGCAUUGAAUGCUGAUUGUCCAUGUUGGGCAUGGAUAUUUAUUAUUUUUGGGUUUAUCUUAUUACUUGCCCUAAUUGGUAUGUGUUUGUAUUUUAUUCUUGAACGUGAAGGAUAUCUCGAAUAA